UUCAACGUCCCGUUGGAACUUCUGCCUGCCAAAAUAAGUAUAAAACCAAUAUGGCUUCGAAAGAGUCGAAUCUGCCUGCUUUGUACGCAGAAUUAAAUAAGUUAGGACAGAAUGGGGAGUACGAACGGGCGCUGAAGACAGCGAAUAGAAUUCUCGGCAUUUCCGCGGACGAGGAAAAAGCUUUCCAUUGCAAAAUCAUCUGUUGCAUUCAACUGUCAAAGUUCAAUGACGCUUUGCAGUUUAUUGUGAAAAACCCAAAACUGUCAGCGAAUUUGGAAUUUGAAAAAGCGUAUUGCUUGUACCGCUUGAACCAAGUACCUGAAGCGUUGAAAGUAGUAGAAGGUGUUCAGAAUCCAUCCCUGAAAAUCAAAGAACUCAAAGCUCAGAUUUUGUACCGCCUUGAAAAGUAUGAGGAAUGCUUUGCCGUUUAUCGAGAUAUCAUCAAAAAUUCAAACGACGACUAUGAAGAUGAGAGAGAAACAAACCUUGCCGCUGUUCUUUCUAACUUAGCUGCCGAAGGAUCGGAUAUAGAAGUUCCUUCGCUGAGAGAAAGUACAUAUGAGUUGACUUACAAUGCGGCUCACCGUUUGGUGGCUCAAGGAACUAACGGCACCAAUAGAGCGGUGCUAGUUGAGGCUGAAAAGAAAUUGAGAACCGCUGAGAAGAUGUGCAGGGAAGCACUGGAAGAAGAUGGAGCAACCGAGGAGGAUAUUGAAGAUGAAAUUGGUAUAAUCAAGGUUCAACUUGGCUAUUGUCUUCACCUACAGGGGCGCGAAAAAGAAGCCCAAGAGCUGUAUUUAGCGGCGCUAAAAGCCAAGCCAGAUGACGUCGCUCUAGUCGCUGUUGCAAGUAACAAUGUUGUCACUUUGAAUAAAGAUCAAAACGUGUUCGACAGCAAGAAGAGGAUGCGAAACGCAACACACGAAGGCUUGGAGCACAAAUUGACGUCCAGACAGCGGAAGAGCAUUGCCUACAAUCAGUGCCUUCUUGCAAUGUAUACUAAUCAAGGAGAACAGUGCCAGCAGCUAUGCACAAAAUUGGCGCAGCAGCAUCCCGAUCUUAGCGCAGACGCAUCGCUAAUCAGAGCUAUUCAACUUAGCAAGGAAGGCAAAGUCAAAAAUGCAGUCAAAUUACUGGACGAACAUGCAGUGAACGAUAAGCAUUUAUCAAUGAAACUUGCCGCUGUUCAGCUACUCCUUAGUCACGAUGAACGAAAAGAGGCAAUAAGAAUUUUGGAAAACUUGAACGAGAAGGACAGAUCAAUGCCUGGAAUAGUUAGCGCACUGGUAAUGCUUCACCUGGCAGAUAACACUCGUGAAAAAGCAUCCGCUGUCCUCAAGGAAGCGGUGAACUGGUAUAAGAAAAAUAAGGAGAGCACUGCUAACCUGGGUACCUUGUGGCGUCAGGCAGCAGACUUUCAUUUGCGAGGAGGAGAAGUUAGCGCAGCAGCUGCAAGUCUGGAGGAAUUACUCCAGGCUUCUCCUACUGAUACCAGAACUCUUGCACAGCUGGUGAUAGCUUACGCGCAAUUUGAUCCUACCAGAGCGCAGAAUUUGUCAAAACGAUUACCGCCUCUUCACCAUCUUGCAGAAACAACUGAUGUCGAUGCUCUUGAGUCCAGUAACUGGGUUAUUGGUACUAAAGUAGUGAAGCGUAAAGUGGAGCAGUCACCUGGGACACCUGGAACCGACUUAGCCCAGAAAAAACGAAAGCAACGUAAGCGUAAAGGAAAAUUGCCCAAGAAUUGUGACCUCAGUUCAACACCAGAUCCUGAAAGGUGGCUACCGAGACACGAACGUAGUGGAUUUAGAAAGAAGAGGGACAGAAGAAACAGAGACGCUGCUAUGAAAGGAACCCAGGGAGCUGCAGCUGGUGCCAGUGACCUUUAUGACAUAACUAAGAUGCCAGCGAAUGCAAAGCCCUCUCCAAAUCCUCGCCAAAGUCCUGCAGUUGAACCUGCCGGUCCAAGACAACAACAGCGUAAAGUGCAGCAGAAGAAAAAGAAGAAAGGUAGCAAGUGGUAAAACCUAAAUAUUGGGUGACAUUUUCAAUAUACACAUGUACCAUUUAACAUACAAUGACCACAAACUAACAACUAUUCUCAUUUUAAAUAUCAAAAUUUGGGUGUAAAGGUAAAUUUAAUUUCCAAAAAAAAAAAACAAUAUAUGAUUAUGUAAAUGUUGUCCCGAUAACUAUACCGCUCAUUAUUAGCAUUUU